AAAAAAUUUAUUUAGAAGGAUAAAGUCUAUUACGAAAUGGUCAAAGUGAUUUUUGUUGUCGUUCUGUUCAGCGUUUGCUUGUUUCUGGUGAAAUCAGCGAUUUCAUUAAAAUGCAGAACAGGUGCCCAACACUCAGAUCAAUUCCAAAAGAUCAUGCAAGUUUGCAAGAAACGAUCUACAGGUGAUAAUAGCCAAGAAUCCUCGUUGAGUGAAGACGACGAUAAUAAAGAUCACUCUUUGGAUAUAAAUAUAUUUGACACAAAAUUCCUUCUGAGCAAUAAAUUCUACAAUGCAGAUUCUUUUGAGGACUCAAAUAACAAUCGGAAUCGAUGGAACGAUCAGAGAAAUAAUAAAGACCAACAUUAUUCCUUCAAUUAUACAAAUGGAAACAGGAAAAAUGCACGUUAUUCUAGUCAUAGCAACAACAGAGAAGAAUCUCUUUCUAACAGCAAUAAUAAAGAUUUCAAUUAUUCCGAUGGAAUUGCCAGAUUAAGCUAUGAUCAAAUGUAUAACACCAAUUCUGAAAAUAAGGAACGAGAACAAGUUUGCCUUAUCCAGUGUUUUUUCAAUGAAUUAAAUAUAGUAGAUCAAAGGGGAUUUCCCAAGCAAGACUCCAUUAUUCAACUUAUGACACAUAAUUUACGUAAUUCAGAGUUGCAAGAUUUUAUAGUCGAAGCUAUUGUAGAAUGUUUUCAUUACCUGGAUAUGAGGCAAGACAAGUGUUACUAUUCACAAAAUCUUCUAACUUGCUUGAACGAAAAGGGAAAAGAAAGAUGCGAGGAUUGGAAUAAUUAUUAAUACUAUGCACAUAUUUUAAAUAGCUG